UGAAGGCCGAUUCCAUCACUGCACAGGCGCAUGUGAAAUUGCACUUAGUACAGAGACAAGUCGUCCAAAGGCUCCGUUGUUCUGACUUAUCCAAACUCGUUCCCUUCAGGUGUAUCAUCAUCCCUUCCCACGUCCCCGUGGGAAGACGUCUAUCUGAUCGUUCCCUUCAGGUUCACAAAGUCCGAUGGCAUCAUGCCAUCGACUGGAGCAUACAUACAUAAGUGGUGGCCCUUGAGCAGCGUCACCCAAUUCUGCCUCCAACUAGCUAAACAAACGCAAGCCAUGAAUUCUGGCAUUUCCGAAGUAGAGGGCUCUCCAGGGAGCUCUCUUGUCCUGGUCCGUUCCUCCAUUGAACCACUACCCACUGCUGAUGACUCUGGAAAUCAGACUUACCGACUGAGCUGUGGUCUCUGCCCACAGACACAGCCUAAUGAGACUCUGAUCUCCAUUCCCGAAGGCACCUCUGAAGAAGCGAAAUCUCUCAUCGAGAGUGCCCGAUAUAUCUUCGGGACAUGCACUGGCAGCUGCCAAUCGCAGCUAAUGGUCGAUAAUCCAUGGUACAAGCAAGAAGCUGAAGUGCGAUGCUGGGAUGAGUUGACCACCAUCCAGCAGCCAAUGACUCUACCACAAGAGAUCUUACGAGAUAUGGAAUGGACCACGAGUGAUGCUGUGAUUGUCACCGCAGCUCCUAGGUCCGCCUUCCCUGCCAGCUUUGGGGAGAUGAAGUCUAUUUCGAUUGGCUGGCGAUCAAAUAAGAAUGAAGAGAAUGAUCAAGGGUCCAAGACUUUCCUUCUUAUACCUACCCGACGAGAAGUACCUUAUGGCCCUGAUAGUUUUGGAGUUCCUGCGCCUCUACAGGUUACCGAGGGGCCUCAAGAAUUGGCGGGGAAUGACUUGCUCUCACCAGGCCAAACCAGACGGAGUUCGAGCAUUUUGGGAAGAGUCUUUCGGAGACGAUCUGACUCUCAAGCUCGAGCUCCAGGUCUCUCGCUCGAUUCAAUAACUUCGGGUAUCCCAGACAGAAUGUUCCGCUCAGUGAUACUGCGGCCACUGGACCAUAUUUCCCGAAGCCAUUCAUCAGCUUCGGUCAUGACCGCUCUCUUUGGCAUGUCGAGACUUGCCACAGACAAUGCGUGGAGCAUAGGAAGCGGGCUCCCACGGGAUGGGCUAGCCUCGACUAAUCUCAAUGAUUCCGGAGCCCAAAUCACAACAUCAGUCUCAGUCCCCAGUGUUCAGGUGCAUGGACCCGAGCCGGUGGAGCUCAGUGGAGACGUCACUCAUCCAGUGGAAUUGCCCGCUGAGGAUUGGCUCGCUGGUUCUGAGAAGUCAUCCUUCCCCUCAGAGCUGGAUGGGAAGAGCACUAGUCUUCAUGAGCUGCCUUGCUGAGACUCUGCAUCCGAUGCAUGACCAUGCAGAACCUGCGGAAUGCAG